AUGAUGAGGUCUGCAGGUAUAAUUAGUAUACCUGAAACCUGUAAUAAACUUCGCCAAGUCGGUCUUCAAUUAUCUGAGAUCUGCACUUUAGUCAACACACUUGGAGAUCUAAUGGUGAAAGAUGAAAUCCUAGAAUCUUCUAUGCUAGUAGAGCACAUAAGCCAAGGUUUAGAUCAGUUAGUGGAUAUACUAAGUCAAACUACCCAUCCUACUGUAAGAUAUAUUGCAUUUCAAAAUCUGAGAUACUUUUUAAAUGAAGGAAUAGGUAUUUAUGAUAUUUCCACCUUAAUAUCACAUAUAUGUAAUGGUUUUAUCCGAUUAAUAUCUCACUGGAAUAUAGAUGUUCAAAUAGAAAGUCUGAGUAUUCUCCUUGAAUAUGAAGGAAAGUUGGAAACACUUGCUAAUAUUAAAUUAUUCGGAAUAAUACUGAAUUCUAAUAUAGAGAUAUGCCACUUGAUAUUUUCAUUACUAAUACAAUUCCAAGAUUCGAACUUUUAUUUUUUAUUACCUUCCAUUUUGGAAAGUUUAAAAAGUGGAGUUUCUUAUAUAAGCUCUAAAGAAAUUUUAAUGCAAAUUAUAGAUACUAUAUGCCAACUCUGUCGUAGUAGUCAUCCUUGGCAGAGUUUAAAAUAUGACUCAGAUUUAUCAAUAACUUAUAGAUAUACAAAGUUGGAAUAUUUGCCAUAUAUAUUUGAUAUAUUUGAUCAAAUUAGUUCCAGAUUCCCUACUAUUUUGAGCCUUUGUUUUAACUUAAUAUGGGAUGAGAUAUUUGAAAUAAUAAAUCCAGAUAUAGCUAUGAAGGAUUUUGUACUUAGUACUGAACAAAUAAAAAUAUGUGAUUAUGGUUUUAAGAUAUCUACAAAUAUAUCUCUUCGUUGUAAUGUACUACUUUGUACCCAAGUUAAGAAUAUAGUAAAAUUUAUAAAAUUCACGAUAAACCUAUUCGUGACACCAUCUUCAGAAACUGUAAUAAAUACUUUGCCUAGUAAAUGCAGUCUUUGUAUAUUAAAUAGUUUAUUAAAAAGCUUAAUUUCAUUAUCUUUGAAGUCACCACUUAUGCUCAUUUUUCCAAGCUUUAUAGAUCCAAUUAUAUUAGAACCAGAAAAAAUCUCAACUGAGGAGGAUUUGGGAAAUCUUGAUUUUUUUUCUAAUCAAAUGGUAUCACUGGACCAACUUUUCUUGACUAUUGAAAGUAUAUAUAAUUUUUUACAUUUAAAUCAAGAAUACAAAGAAAUAAAUUUAGUGUUUGAAUCCCUAAAUAACUUAAUGUUUCUAAUUAAUACUGGAAUUUUAUGGCCACAAUUUGAAGAUUUUGAUAAAUUAGCUAGAAUUAAUUACACGAAACUGAAUACCAUUAAGUUAUUGCGAGAUAUAACUGAAUGUAGCCUGAGCAUACUUAAUGAGACAUGUAAAUCCCAAGAUAUACAAGCUCGUAAACUAUGCAACUGUUUCCUUGGCUUUUAUCUUUAUGGUAAAAUUAUUUUAACCCAAAUUAAAGUCAGUAAGAAGUUUUCUACUAUAGAAUCUGAUAUUCAAUUCACUAAUUCACACCAGGAUGAAUGGUUUUCGGAAAAGAUUCACAAAUUCUUUAUUUGGGUACUUGCUAAACUAGAGAAUGUCUCAACCCUAAUGACCGAUAAAUAUACACUGGGCUUCUUAUUACUUGCAAAGGAUUUGGGAGUUUUAAAAAUUAUAGAGGAAAACUUAAAUAUAAGAUCUCCUAAUUGUGUUUCAUUUUUUACGGGGAUAUUAACUCGUUGGUAUGGCAGACUCGUCCAAUUUAAUAUUAUAGAUGAGAGCAAAUUCUUAGCUUUUAAAUAUGAUGUAUCAAGAAAGCCUUUACCUGAUCUUAAUGGUUUAGUUAAUCUUCCCUUAAAAAUAUUUGUUUUUGUUUUACGUUGGUUUUGUGGGUGGACAUUUAAAAAUACUUUUAGAGAUGAAUGGUUUUGUUUACAGAUUCGCAAAUUUAUAAAUGAGCAGGAAUUCAAACAUAUUAUUGAAGCAAAACUUCAAGGAUCUUCUAUGGAUAUCAAAUAUAGAUUUGCAAAAUAUCUAUGUAUAGCAGGAUGUUUCGGUUUGGCUAAGGAUAUUUUUGGAACUAUUAAGGUUAAAUCUAUAGAACUAAAUUUGUGGAUACUUGCUUUGAAGCAGACCUCUAACUACUUUGAAUUUUUGUCUAAGCUUAAAUUAUAUAGAAACAAAGCUGCAACUAGAGAAUUAUUAUCUUUACAAAACCAGGUUGAACAAAUUCGUAAUUCAUUAUCUCUGCUUAAAUACAAAGAUUCCUACUUUAUUAAUCAAAUAAUGGAUUCUUGGGAUUAUACUCUAAAUCUCUUAUUACUUAUUUCGAAAAAUUCAGAUCUUGAGGAUGAAAAUGAAGAAAUACAAACUAUGGCUAUGUCAGCAUGGAAAUCAUGGAAGUGUCUAUUAAAUAUAACAAGUAAUAUUUGCAAUACAUCCACUAAAAUUAUUGCCAAAUAUUGCUACUUUUUAGAAUGUAUUAUUACAUGUAAAGGGAAUAUAGAUAAUAUAAAAAUGAAUUUUGCUCAUUCAAAUAAAUGUAACAAUUUUGAAGUGAAUCAAGAGGGAGAUAUAAAACUAAGUAAAGAUAUUUCUUACUCUCAUAUAGUGGAUAAAAUAUUUCUUUCAGAUGUUUAUUCUCUAUUUCCUCCCAUGAUAUUUUCACUCUCUAAGUUGCCAAUGGUAAUACUUAAUGUAGAUGUAUCUAGUUGUAAGAAUUUUUACAAAAAUAACACUGCAUCUAUAACUGAGACAUCUAUAUGUCCUGUUAUAAAAGUAUGUGGUACUUUGGUACAUGUUUCCCAAGAAUUCCUGUUGCCAAAAUGGAAGUGGGUUCGUCUCAUGAUCACAUAUACAACAGAAACACAAGAAAGUUUUGUUGGAACUCAUUUUCUUGAAAUUUCAGUAAAUAGGGGAACUUUCAGCUGGAUACAACCUAUUGAACUUCCAGAGAAAGUCUCGAAAUUAACCGUAACAGCUUUACCAGUUUCGAAAACUAUGGCAAAUAUAGGAAUUGCUUCUCAAAAAGAUGUAAUACUCUGA